AUGUACUCUGGGUUUGAUGUGGAGAUUGCCAAAGCAGAAGCUGUGGUAAUGGUUCUCAAAAGCUGGUGUGCCCCGCCGCCGCCGCCGGGGGAGCUCGCCCGCAGCCCGGAGGCGGCGAGGCCGGAGCUGGAGGAUGAGGAGAAGCCGCCCGUUCGGGUGGCGGAGCCGGCGGCAGCCGCGCCUCAGGGAGGGCCCGACCUUCCACUGUCUCCUGCACCGCCGCCCGAGGAGCCCCCGGCCCCCGAGGAACGCGAGGAGACACAGCUGCCCCAGCCCGCAGCUCCGGCACUAGUGCCGCCGGCGGGCGGGGAUUCCGCGGUGUCGCAACUGAUCCCGGGCUCGGAGGUGCGGGUCACGCUGGACCACAUCAUUGAGGACGCGCUCGUCGUGUCGUUCCGCCUCGGGGAGAAGCUCUUCUCCGGGGUGCUCAUGGAUCUGUCCAAAAGAUAUGAAGAAGGUGCAAAAAGGUUUGGGCCCCAUGGGAUCCCUGUGACAGUAUUUCCCAAAAGGGAAUAUAAAGAUAAGCCGGAAGCCAUGCAGCUCCAGAGUAAUACAUUCCAAGAAGGGACAGAAGUCAAGCGUGAAGUGAAUGGUGCUGUUCCUGAUGAUCCUUCUCCUGUCCCGCCUCCCGAGCUGAGCUUGGCUGAAAGCCUAUGGACUUCCAAACCACCACCUCUCUUCCAUGAAGGAGCACCUUACCCUCCCCCUUUGUUUAUCAGGGACACAUAUAACCAAUCUAUACCUCAGCCACCUCCUCGGAAAAUUAAGCGACCCAAACGAAAAAUGUACAGGGAAGAACCCACUUCAAUAAUGAAUGCUAUUAAACUACGACCUAGGCAAGUCCUGUGUGAUAAAUGUAAAAACAGUGUUGUUGCUGAAAAAAAGGAAAUUAGAAAAGGUAGUAAUGCAAGUGACUCUUCUAAAUAUGAAGAUAAGAAACGGAGAAGUGAAAGUAUAACUACUGUGAACAAAAAACUGAAAACUGACCAUAAAGUGGAUGGGAAAAACCAGAAUGAAAGCCAGAAAAGAAAUGCCGUGGUUAAGGUUUCAAAUAUUGCUCACAGCAGAAGCAGAGUAGUAAAAGUUUCUGCUCAGGCAAAUACAUCAAAAGCUCAGUUAAGUACUAAAAAAGUGCUCCAGAGUAAGAACAUGGAUCAUGCAAAAGCUCGGGAAGUGUUGAAAAUUGCCAAAGAAAAGGCACAAAAGAAGCAAAAUGAAACCUCUGCUUCCAAAAAUGCACAUUCAAAAGUCCAUUUCACACGUCGAUACCAGAAUCCUAGCUCAGGUUCCCUUCCGCCCCGGGUUCGUUUAAAACCACAGAGGUACAGGAAUGAAGAAAAUGACUCUUCUCUGAAGACAGGACUUGAGAAAAUGCGGAGUGGCAAGAUGGCACCCAAGCCCCAGUCUCGCUGCACCUCUACCCGCUCAGCAGGUGAGGCCCCUUCAGAAAAUCAGAGUCCCUCAAAAGGCCCCGAAGAGGCCAGCAGUGAGGUUCAGGACACAAAUGAAGUGCAUGUGCCUGGUGAGCAGGAUGAACCACAGACAUUGGGCAAAAAGGGCAGCAAAAGCAAUAUCUCUGUUUACAUGACCCUAAAUCAAAAGAAAUCUGACUCUUCCAGUGCUUCAGUGUGUAGUAUUGAUAGCACAGAUGAUUUGAAAUCUUCCAACUCUGAGUGUAGCUCUUCUGAAAGCUUUGAUUUUCCUCCAGGCAGUAUGCAUGCACCUUCCACCUCCACUUCCUCCUCUUCAAAGGAAGAGAAAAAGCUCAGUAAUUCCUUGAAAAUGAAAGUCUUUUCCAAAAAUGUCUCUAAAUGUGUCACACCAGAUGGCAGGACCAUAUGUGUAGGGGACAUUGUUUGGGCCAAGAUCUAUGGCUUCCCUUGGUGGCCAGCCCGUAUUCUUACUAUAACUGUGAGCCGGAAAGACAACGGCCUUUUAGUCCAGCAGGAGGCCCGUAUUUCAUGGUUUGGGUCUCCAACAACAUCUUUCCUUGCUCUUUCACAACUCUCCCCCUUUUUAGAAAACUUCCAGGCACGCUUUAAUAAGAAGAGAAAGGGCCUGUAUCGCAAGGCUAUCACAGAGGCAGCUAAGGCUGCCAAGCAGCUGACCCCCGAAGUGCGGGCUCUGUUGACACAGUUUGAAACGUGA